AUGGCAGCAAAAUUAAAAUCCAUCCCUGUCGUCGACAUCGACUGCGAUGGUGUCUUCAAGUACAUCCUAGUCCACCUCUGUGCCUACGAUCCGAAGGACAACAAAGUCCUGGUUCGCGGUUAUGCUAGGGCCAAGUGGCACUCCGACAUCUUCAAAGAGGUCGAAACCAAAGUCAAGGAGAUUGUCAAAGGCGUCGACGUCAGAUGUCUCGGAGGGGGCAAGAUCGAUCACGAAAGGGACUACAAGCAGAUCAAGGUUUUCGGGACGUCCCAGAAGUACGGGAAAGCCGAUCAUAGGCAGACUGUGCAGUUGUUAAAGGUCAAGUAUCCGGAUUAUAAGGUGUGUUUUUCGGAUGAAGAAACAUAA